AUGCGCAUCACUCAGCUUUUGCCCGUGCUUUCCAUAGCCGUGUGCGUCUUGGCUCUCGAGAACGGAGGACAAGCCGCCCCCGAGGCCGUGGGCAGCAUCAAACGUCAUCCGGCUGCCGAGCCUGAUGCAGUGCCGGCCGGCCUGCCGGUUUUAUACUCGCGCCCCAACGUGGACCAGCCGGCAUCGGAACUUCUUGAGACGGAAGUUUUUGAGAAGACAGGCACCGACGAUGAAUGGGAUGACUUGACACUGCGGAAAGACAAGAAGAAGAAGAGGAUCAAGAAAAAGUUCCUGCCCCAGAAAUACUUCAUGAUCGUCCACUUACGGUGCAUGGAUACAUGUAUGGGUGAAGGUGGUAGCAAGACACAGUGCCGUUCCGUCGUACCGUUGGAAGAAGCUCUGACAUAG